UCACAGCCGCAGCUGUCAAGGAGCCAACCCGCCCAACCCUUGUCGCCUGAACCGCUCGCGCUCAGUGGCAUGGGCUGCUGCGGCGCCAUGUCCGCCAGGCCGCGGGGCGUCCGGGAGGAGACGCUGCUACGCGUCCCGGGCGCGUCCGUGCACCUCCUGGCCGGCUCCGGCGGCCCCGUCGAGCUCGCGCGCGGGGACCUCUCCGUCGUCCGCCUCGCCAAGGACGACGUGGCCGUGGCCACCGCGGUGCGCGUCGGCCGCGACCUGGGCUGGCCGCUGGCGCGGGACGAACCCGUCGUCAGGCUCGACCGCCUGCACUACCUAUUCACGCUGCCCGACCGGGACGGCACGUUCCUCAACUACGGCGUCUCCUUCGACGACGCCGCCGCCAGCACCGACGCCGCCGCGCUGGCGUCGCUCGACGCCUUCCUUCGGUCCAACGCCUGCUUCUCCGCGCCGUCGUCUUCCGGCGCGGUCGUCCCGUGGUCGAGGAGCUCCAGGCCGCCGCAGCAGCAGCAGCAGCAGCAGACGGCUGCGCCGGACGCGUACUGGAACGACUUCGCGCCGAGGAUCGAAGGGUACAAUAACGUGCUCGCCAAGGCGAUCGCCGCGGGCACCGGCCAGCUCGUCAGGGGCAUCUUCAUGUGCAGCGAGGCCUACGCCAGCCAGGUUCAGCGGGGAGCUGAUCUAUUCCGUCCCCAGGCUGCCGGCGGCGCGAGCAACCGAUUCGGCGGAGCUGGCCGGAGCAGCCAGGCGAGCACGAAGCGCGGAGCGGUCAACAAGAGCCUCAAGAGGGUCCGGAAGCUGUCGGAGAUGACCGAGCAGAUGAGCCAGUCCUUGCUCGACACAGUCAUCUCAGUGACCGGGUCCAUGGCGGCGCCGCUGCUCCGCUCCAAGCAAGGGAGAGCCUUCCUCGCCACCGUUCCCGGCGAGGUCGUCCUGGCAUCUCUUGAUGCUAUCAAUAAAGUUAUGGACGCCGUAGAGGCCGCUGAGAGGAGGUCACUUGCUGCGACCUCCAACGUCGUCGCCGGUGCAGUGUCCAGGAGGUACGGCGAGAGCGCAGGCGAGGCAACUGAAGACGCGUUCGCGACGGCCGGACACGCCGUCGGGACGGCGUGGAACCUCUUCAAGAUAAGGAAGGCCGUCACGCCGUCGUCUUCGCUGCCGGGGAACAUGGUGAAGAGCGCCGUCAGGAACAGAAAGUGACGAUCAAUUAGUCAAUUAAGAACCCAUCAGGCAGCAGCGAGUCCAGAGACACCGCUGCAGAUACAGAGUGAUUGUGCCAGUCUGUAUGUUCAUAACGUUUAAGCCACCGAACGUGUACUUCGAAAUGUAACAAACAUUGACUAUAUCAAGUGUUUCAGGCACAAAUGAUAUCAGGAUGCCCCAGUGACAUUUUCCAAA